AUGGCGUAUAGAGGCGCUGGAGGGCCGGGAGGCGGCCGUGACUACGAUGGUCACAACAUGCAAGACCUAAACCCUCACAGCCAGUAUUCCAACGUCCAACUGCCUCCUGGGCACGAGCAAGAGGACGAGGCACACAGGUCUCUUCUGACCCAAGGCACAACGCUCUACGACCACGAUCGGCUUGGCGCCCACACUCCCCCAGUGCGGCCCGUCUCGGCCUACAGUCUGACAGAGUCAUACGCCCCGAACGCUCCUACUACCGUCCCUGGCUCCGCUGUCGGCGCGUCCCCCUCGCCAUUUCAGAACGACUAUGGUGUUUCGUCGGGUUACCAGGGUGCAAUUGGCGGCCACCCGGAUGACGGCUUCGGCAUUGGCGGAGCCCCCCAACAAGGUCACCCUUAUGAUACCGAAGACAGCUGGGUGCAGCGCCAGAAUCCCAACGCCGCUCCCCAGGGUGGUGGUCUGAAGCGUUAUGCCACCAGGAAGGUCAAGCUGGUCCAGGGCUCAGUCCUGAGCAUUGACUACAACGUUCCUAGUGCCAUCAGGAACGCCGUGCAGCCCAAGUACCGUGAGCAGGAGGGCACCAACGAGGAGUUCAUCAAGAUGCGCUACACCGCAGCCACCUGUGACCCCAACGACUUCACCCUGAAGAACGGUUACGAUUUGCGUCCCCGCAUGUAUAACAGGCACACGGAGCUUCUGAUCGCCAUCACCUACUACAACGAAGACAAGGUGCUGCUGUCCCGUACCCUGCACGGUGUCAUGCAGAACAUUAGAGACAUCGUGAACCUGAAGAAGUCGACUUUCUGGAACAAGGGUGGCCCGGCUUGGCAGAAGAUUGUUGUUUGCCUGGUUUUCGAUGGUAUCGAGAAGACCGACAAGAACGUUUUGGACGUUCUCGCCACCAUUGGUAUCUAUCAGGAUGGUGUCGUCAAGAAGGACGUUCACGGCCAGGAGACGGUUGCUCACAUUUUUGAGUACACCACUCAGCUGUCCGUCACCCCGAGCCAGCAGCUCAUCCGGCCCCAGGACGACGGCCCGAACACCCUGCCGCCUGUCCAGUUCAUCUUCUGUCUCAAGGCCAAGAACAGCAAGAAGAUCAACUCCCACCGUUGGCUCUUCAACGCCUUUGGCCGUAUCCUGAACCCUGAGGUCUGCAUUCUGCUUGACGCCGGUACCAAGCCCAGCUCGAGGUCGCUUCUCGGUCUCUGGGAGGGCUUCUACAACGAUAAGGAUCUUGGAGGUGCUUGCGGUGAGAUUCAUGCUAUGUUGGGCCGUGGUGGCCGGAAGCUGCUCAACCCUCUGGUCGCCGUGCAGAACUUCGAGUACAAGAUCUCCAACAUUCUCGACAAGCCUCUGGAGAGUGCGUUCGGAUACGUUAGUGUGUUGCCCGGUGCUUUCUCCGCAUACCGCUUCCGUGCCAUCAUGGGACGGCCCCUCGAGCAAUACUUCCAUGGUGACCACACAUUGUCCAAGAUUUUGGGCAAGAAAGGUAUCGAGGGCAUGAACAUUUUCAAGAAGAACAUGUUCUUGGCCGAGGAUCGUAUUCUGUGUUUCGAGCUUGUGGCCAAGGCCGGCCAGAAAUGGCACUUGAGCUACAUCAAAGCUGCCAAGGGAGAGACCGAUGUUCCUGAGGGCGCAGCCGAGUUCAUCAGCCAGCGUCGUCGUUGGUUGAACGGUUCGUUUGCCGCCACUUUGUACUCACUGAUGCACUUCGGAAGGAUGUACAAGAGUGGACAUAACAUCAUCCGCAUGUUCUUCUUCCACGUCCAGCUCAUCUACAACAUCCUCAACGUCAUCUUCACCUGGUUUUCUCUGGCAUCUUACUGGCUUACCACUACUGUCAUCAUGGAUCUCGUCGGAAACCCCCAAACUGGUCAAAACGCUCGCGCAGGCUGGCCUUUUGGUAACACCGUCACGCCGCUGUUCAACGCCGUUCUCAAGUACAUUUACCUGGCCUUUGUCAUUCUGCAGUUCAUUCUGGCCUUGGGUAACAGACCGAAAGGCUCCAAGUACACCUACGUCACGUCAUUUUUCGUCUUCUCGGUCAUCCAGGCAUACAUCCUGGUUUUGUCUGGAUACCUCGUCGUCCAGGCUUUCCAGACGCCUAUCGGCGACCAGAUCAAGACCGACACGGCCAAGGAUUUCAUGGAUAGUAUCUUUGGAAAGAGCGGAGCUGCCGGUGUUAUUUUGCUUGCCUUGAUCGCCAUCUACGGUAUCUACUUCAUUGCCUCGUUCAUGUACCUGGACCCGUGGCACAUGUUCCACUCGUUCCCCUACUACAUGUUGCUCAUGUCCACCUACAUCAACAUUCUCAUGGUGUACGCCUUCAACAACUGGCACGAUGUUUCUUGGGGUACCAAAGGAUCCGACAGUAAUGAAGCACUACCUUCGGCCAAUAUCACCAAAGGCGAAAAGGACGAAGUCGUCGUGGAGGAAAUUGACAAGCCUCAGGAGGAUAUCGACAGCCAAUUCGAGGCAACCGUCCGUCGCGCUCUGGCACCUUUCAACGACGAGGAGAAGCCCGAGCCCAAGGAUCUCGAGGACUCAUACAAGUCUUUCCGUACCAUGCUGGUCGUUCUCUGGCUCUUCUCCAACUGUCUCUUGGCUGUCGCGAUUACUAGCGAUAAUUUCGACACUCUCACAAAGAACCAAAACACGGCCAGAACUGCCUCUUUCUUCCAGUUCUUGUUGUUCGCCACCGCUUUCCUCUCUCUGAUCCGUUUCAUCGGAUUCCUCUGGUUCUUGGGCAAGACUGGUAUAAUGUGCUGCAUUGCCCGUCGCUAA